AAAGACAAAUAACUGCUUUAAGAUCCGUGUAUUUAAGAAUCAGUCGCUCUGUGCUGGUUUCUGAUGUACAGAAGGGGGGGCGGGAAGUAACGUGUUUGCCGGCUCGCGGUGGCUUAUGGGAGAACAUGGCUGCUGAGUCGUGGAAUAAGAUAGAUAUACCCCGUCCCGGGGCCGUCUCCACUGUCCGUAUACCUUUCACAGAGCACACAGGCGACCUCGUUAGAUGUUUUCUGGAGGAGUGUGCCGGGGUGCUGAAGGUGCUGCAGAGCGACAUCCUCCACACCGAGAUCAUGGUGCUCUACUCAGUUCUCUACGUGAUGAACAACCCACUCCGACAACACAAGCCUUUCAGAGCUGUGAAACAGGUUGAACGUUGCCUAAACCGGCUGAAGCAGAUGAAGCUGACCGCAGUGCUCCUGGAAGUGGAGGCCAUGUGUCCAAAGGAAGCCCAGAGACAGGUGUCGUCCCAGACGGGCCAGUGUGAAGUGCCCAGUCAGCCCAUGCUGGAGUGGCUAAGCCUGAAAGUGCUGGGAGCCAGUAAGCUACUGGCCAGCCUGCUGGACUGCUGCACGAGGGCCUUCUCAAUGACGAGGCAGCAUCUCUUCUGGGCAGAGUACAUCGUCCUCAACCUUGUUUUGAGCUCCAUGCUCAGCCGCCUGUGGGUGUUCUUCCAGGGCGUCUUGAGGAACCUGGAUCCUCUGUACCAGGCGGUGCGUGCCCUGCUGCAGGACGUGUGCCGGGCCUGCCCUAUGCCCUCCUUGGGCGGCUUUGUCCUCCCGGGGGGUGUCCCGACUUUUCUCGGGGCCUCGUGUUGGGCUCACAUAGAGGUGGGCCUUCCCGUGGGCACCACUAGGAGUAAGAAGGGGACCGAGAAGGGGAACAGGGUCCCGGGGCAGAUGGGCUCCAAGGCUGAGAAGAGCAGCAUGGAGGAUCUUGGGAGUUUGUUUUUCCAGAGAGGUCCCAGAGCGGCAGUAGGUGACGCCUCCAGGUUUGAUGUGAAGGCUCUGCUCAGACGAGGGAGUGGAAACAGGAAUGCUGCUCAGGUUGCUGGGUCUCCUCCAAGGCCUGGGGCCGACACCAGCUUGGUGCGGCAGAAACGGAGGCUGGUGAAGGAGCUGGAGGCAGCGUCCUGCUCCUCUGACAUGGACGCCCGACUGACGGAGGCAGCCGCGUGGUGUCGGCACAGGAGGCUGCGGCGGGAGAGCUGCAGGCUGAAGCUGCUCCGGCUGAGCUGCGGGAGGCUCCGCUUCCUGGAGGAGAAAGGCUUCAGAGUGGAGGGCAAGCUGCUGGCUCUCAGAAGGGCGUGCCGAAAAGCCUUAUUCCUGCCCCCUCCCGUAAUUUGCCGGCCAUCCAGCACCCCCAGCAGGCGGAGGAGGAGCUUGCGCCUAAGGGCCCGGUUCCGGUCUGUGAGGUGGCGCCGCUGGUCUCAGAAACGGGGCAGACGAGUCAGGGCCGGGACGCCAUCCGUGGCGAGCAAGGUCUCCGCUGAGGCGGGAGGAGGAGGAGAGGAAAGUGAGGAGGAAGACGCGGUGGCGGGAGGCAGCAAGGCCGACGCUGAGGCGGGAGGAGGAGGAGAGGAAAGUGAGGAGGAAGACGCGGUGGCGGGAGGCAGCAAGGCCGACGCUGAGGCGGGAGGAGGAGGAGAGGAAAGUGAGGAGGAAGACGCGGUGGCGGGAGGCAGCAAGGCCGACGCUGAGGCGGGAGGAGGAGGAGAGGAAAGUGAGGAGGAAGACGCGGUGGCGGGAGGCAGCAAGGCCGACGCUGAGGUGGGAGGAGGAGGAGAGGAAAGUGAGGAGGAAGACGCGGUGGCGGGAGGCAGCAAGGCCGACGCUGACCCCCGUCUGGGCAACGGUGGCGAGAUCGACGACAUUUUUGCCUCGUUAGGAUUCUGAUAAGGGCCAGCUGUGAGAACGCUGCGCACCUCCAGCAUUAGGGCAUGCCACAGGUCGCCCCGGCGUGCAGGCAUGCUGGGAAGGGGGGGCCGCCUGCUAAUUCUGGGCUGGUUGCCCUGGGCAGCUACAUACUGUGUAUGUUUCCCCACUGUACUUUGCACACACUAAGCCUCCCCUUUGAUAUAUUAACACUUUUUUGUUAAAUAAGGAUAAUAAUUUACAAGAUGUCAUAGAAGUGUCCUACAGAAAUACUCGCAAAGAACCCUUACUGAGGUAAAGAUUACUCUGCAUACUGUGACUGUUUCCCCACUGGAGCCCCCCCCCCCCCCCCCCCCCGGUAACCGCACACAGCGGUGGGGGCCUUCACUUGUCCCAGCAGCCAAGGCGCAGUGUGGAUCCUGUGACCAGCUGCUGAUGCGCCUCUCACAGCAGUAAUGAGUCGGGGAGAGAUGGCCGUGCAGAUUCUGGUAUUUUAAUACGACUCAGACAGUGUGUCUGAAGACAAACUCGGAUUCUCAUCCAGCCACACCAACAGCUAGUGUAACAGCAGCAGUUUUUAUUGAAUACCACCAUACCGGUUGAAAAAAAUGUUAAAUAUAGAAUAUCGAGUGUACUGUCAAACCCACAAACCGUUCACAAUAAAUUUAUUCUCCUGUACUUUGGAUAUAUUAACGCAUUGAAUUAAAUUGCUUCCUUGUAAAAACCAGUACAA